GGGUGCAGAUCUAUCGCAUGUAAUAUGCUCUCCUACUGCAGCUGGGGCAAUCAAAUCCUUCUCUCCAGAUCUCAUUGUACACCCAAUUCUUCGUGAAGAUUCAUCACCAGGGGAUGUAAAGCCUGAACUCAACUCGCUUCUCUCACGUCUACAUGUUCUAAUUAUCGGUCCCGGCUUAGGCCGCGAACCAUAUAUGCAAAACUUCGCUAAACUCGCCCUGACACUUGCCCGCGAAAGAGGAAUGUUUCUCGUCCUUGACGCAGACGCGUUACUCCUUGUUGGAAAAGAACUCGACUUGAUAAAAGGCUACCGACGCGCAGUGCUCACACCCAAUGUCGUAGAAUUCACACGUCUCUCAGAGAAUGUCGGUGUCGAUCCAAGCACCCCGCCGGACAAACGCGCAGAGGUGAUCUCUAGAGAGCUGGGAGGCGUUGCGAUUCUGCAAAAAGGAGCCAAGGAUAUCAUUGCUAUUGAUACUACUGGGGAGAGUGCGGAUACUGAGAAGAGUUUGUUGAAGGAUGAGCCGAAGGAGAAGACGAAGGAGGUUGUUGAGGUCGAUGUCGAGGGAGGGUUGAAACGAUGCGGUGGCCAAGGAGAUAUCCUGAGUGGGGCAGUCGGAACGUUCUUGGCGUUUGGUAAAUGUUAUGAAGAUGGCGCAUUUGGUGACAGUAAAAUUGCUGCUUCCAGGAUGCCCCUACUAGCAGCAGUAGCUGGAAGUAUAGUUACUCGACAUACUAGUCGGCUCGCUUUUCAGAAACAAGGACGAGGAUUAGUUACACAGGACAUGCUAGGAGAGAUUGGGACCUCAUUUUCAGAAGUCUUCGGUGAGGAUUCUCAAGGUGGCGAUAGAGGCAAGCUGUAG